AGAAGAAUGAAGAGGAGGUACGACUGCUUUGUGUACCUAUGACUGGAUGCUCAUCGAUCGAUCCACUGUCCUUCACGGCUGUGUAACUUGCCACGUGAAAUCCUUUUCUCGUACGUACUUACCCCUGCCAUACGAUGGUAUGAAGGGUCCGUGCUCGAUCGAUACUGUUUAAAAUAGGUCCUUCCUCAGGUCUGAUGGCCAACGACACAUAAGCGUGAUCCUGUGUACUGCAGCAUAUGAGUCCCAAACUACGACUGUUGUAUCAUCUUCCAUCUUUCUACUAUCAGCCUCCCUUCAUCCUCCUUUAACCAAUAACGCGUACGCACUCAAUCCACUGGGACAACAUGAUCAGCGUUCAGCUACUGGCUAUACUUUUUGUGCCAUCCACCUUCGCUAUUUCCCUCCCUUACCUGUAUACUAGACGACUAACCCAUGUGGAUCAAGAACCAUUCAGCCCACAAUUCACAGGAUGCGUCAAAGAGGAUUAUACGACGGGAUUAACAGAGGAUGGAUACUUACUGGAUAAGUCAAUGCAAUACAACAAUGAAGACUGCAUUAAGCACUGCAUUGAAGAUGGCAUAAAUCAAUACGCCUUUUACAGCUAUAAAGAUAGAAUGUGUCAUUGCUCGAAGGAGCAGCAAUAUAUUCCUUCGGCCGAUUACAGAGACGGCGAUGGCGAUGCAGGAGGUUGCAUGCCCCAUCAGAUUAUUAUUACCUAUCUAAUCUCUCCCUUUAUUUUCUCUGGGUGUACCUGGUCAUCAACCUCCACACGUCCGAACGCUUCGAUUCGUAGCUUUAUCACUUUCCCGACUGCUUCUCACGAAAACUGCCUUGACCUCUGUAGCUCCAAUCCAGAAGCCAACGUCGCUGAAGUAACUCCAACCUACAAUGCGGAGCAUGACUGGUGGCAUUUUCAGUGCAGCUGCUUCAACGAACAAUCUUCAAGUCCUGAGCCAAGUUUGGUGGUGAAUCAGGAAAUGGAUAUUGAACUUGUGACAUGGGAAGACUACAAAUCAAGCUGUGGUUUUGAGAGUGUUUUCAAGUACAGAAGAUCGACCUAAGGGCGUUAGGAACAAUCCUUUAGGAAGCGGAAGGUCCAAGCAGUUAUGGAGGGUGACAGUAGAUUGUACAGUACCAAGGAAAAGAAUAUCCCCUCCCCAACUCCCCAUUUGAUCCAGCGAAGCGUUUUUGACCAUACCAUAGCUAUGACUUUGAACUGUUCGUGCAUGUACUUAUAACUAUAUGAUUCUUUUUCUAUAUGGCAUCCAAGUCACC